GAUUAAGGAAUAUGAUCAAUAUCUUGAAAUUGCUUCCACCUCAACACCUGUCUCAACCUUUGCAGGGACCGUUCUGUUUUUCUUUCGUUUUUCUCUCUCUCUUUAAUCGUGUCUGCGCUGCUUGAAGUCAAUUAAAGAUACCCUAAAUCACAAUGUCGUUCUUUAAUUCCAUCGGUCGGUCGAUGCAGAGGGCCCCCAAACCACCAAAGCGGUCUACCACACCCACCUCAGCGACUUUCCCUUCAACGGAUUCGCUACCACCACCCAGUCCCACCACACCUUUGCCUUCAAAGCCAUUGUACCUAUGCAGUCCAUUCGUUGAAGCAGCACUUGUGAGAGGAAACUUCAAAACGAUCGUAAUGCAACCAAAGCACGUUGAUGUUAUGGAAUGGGUCGCAGUGAACAUGUUUGACUUCUACACGAACCUGAACCAGUUCUACGGCGUCUUGGCAGAAUGCUGCACCCAACAGUCAUGUCCUAGCAUGAGUGCAGGGCCUCAGUUGAACUAUACCUGGAUUAACCAAGAUCGGAAAAGUGUUCAGCUUCCGGCGCCCACAUACAUUGACUAUGUUAUGACGUGGGUUCAGAACCUAUUGGACGAUGAGAAUGUGUUCCCAACUAGAUCAGGACGGGAGUUUUCCCCAAACUUUCCUUCAACGAUUAAACACGUCUAUCGUCAACUUCUUCGAGUAUUCGCCCAUCUGUACCACGCGCACUACACUCAAAUCCUUCACCUCCGGUCCGAGCCCCACUUCAACUCCCUCUUUGCUCAUUACCUGGCAUUUGGGAAAGAGUAUGAGCUACUAGAUAUCAAAGAUGUCAAGGGUCAACCUGGUGUUCCAGUAGGCAUCGGUGCUUUGUGGGAUAAAUGGAAGGAUAUGGGUAUCCUCGCGGCAUAAUCGGAAGUUCGAGUUUUCUUAUCGUUGUUGUAAUGCCCCUGUGCUCUGCGGGUUCGAGCUGGGUGGCCUUGGGGACGUAAUUAGUACCCUGAGCUCUAUCGCAAAGGCGCAUGAUCGGAGCGUCAUUCACAAUCCACCA